AUUCCGAAAGAGUUUUUGCCACUAUGAAGGCAACGAUUGCACUAUUAAUCCUUGGAGCGUUGGUCCUGCUGGCGGCAGCGGAGAAUAAUGUCCAGCACAAGGAAAAGCGAGCAGCCAACAACCAGGCAAGUGCAAUCGUGGAGAAAAUUGCGGAAAAGGGCAUGGUUUUUGCUGGUUCUGUCGUUGAAAAACUGAAAAAUAGUGAAGUGGCUCGAAAAUUGCUAGGAAAAGUUCUAGGCGCAAUGGGAACCCAAAGGGGAAAGCGCUCAAUUCAAACCAAUGCCACGGUCACAAACUACAAUUCGGCCCAUUACCAAAAGCUGGUACUACAUCAAACUCUUGCUACCGACCCCAGCCCAAAUAGAGUUUCAAACUGCCCAAUCGCACAAAAUGAGCUGAACUGGAUUGAAACCAUAUUUAUUGCUGUACACCUUGCACUGGGAGAGGUUAACAAAGUUAUAAACGGCCAAAAAGUAGGGUUUACAGUACCCAAACCAACGCCAUACAAGGUUCACAACUAAAUAAAAAUGAGUGGUUAAAAAUUACGUGAAAUUUUGCGAACAAAUAAAACUUUAUGCUAUAAAACAA